GUAAACUAGCAACCGCACACAGUCGGUUCAGAGGAUUCAGGACUCACCAGUAACGUUACCUUUCAAGCUCAAACUAAAAGUUCCGAAACUGAUACACAAGAAUGUCAGACGUAGGAUCCGACGAUCUUGAUGAUGACCAAAAUACCCUCGGGAAGUACGAAGGGGGUCGAAAUGAAGAAGGGGAGAGGCACGGGUUCGGGAAAGCCCUUCUGCCCAACGGAGACAUCUACGAGGGCGAGUAUGAGAAUGGGAAGAGACACGGACAGGGAACAUAUCGCUUCAAGAACGGGGCAAGAUAUGUGGGUGAUUACAAUCAGAACUUGAAACACGGACAGGGCACCUUCUACUAUCCAGAUGGGUCCAAAUAUGAAGGGUCGUGGGCACAGGACCUGAGACAAGGACAUGGUGUCUACACCUACCCAAACAAAGACACGUAUGAUGGCGAGUGGCUGCAACACAUGAGGUAUAUCCACAUCUUUGAAGGUUUAGGAAAGUUGACCCCUUCUGAAGUUGUUGGUGUUGUGAUUGGCAGGCAUGGUCAGGGCAUCUAUCACUACCACGAAACUGGCUCCAAGUACAAGGGAACAUGGGUGAAUGGUAACAUGGAGUCAGCUGGAGAGUACAUCCACUCUAACCACAGAUACAAGGGCAACUUUGUCAACAACAAGCCAAUUGGCCCUGGGAAGUAUGUGUUCGACGGUGGCUGUGAGCAGCAUGGAGAAUACCGCCAAACAAAUGAGGACGGGGCCGAGGGUGAGCAGGGCGAGCUGGCCUCCUCCACCGUCCUCCAGUGGAUUCCCAAGUGCGUCACCAGCUUCACACUACAGACGCCUGGAAAAAAGACUUCAGGUGAAGUCCUGCAGGCAGGCACAGGGCCAUAGCGUGGAUUUCACCAUCCUGGAGCAGAACCACACACACACGUCUGAGAAACACCUCUUUAUUCUCUUAUGUUAAAUUACAUUUCAUGUGUAUUUCCUAAUAAAUACAUGCACUGGCUUUAA